AUGUCUUGUCCAGCUGUACAUCGAUCCCUGCGACGACUGGUGCGAGAGUCUCAGGCUGCGUCUUCGGUGUCCGUCUUCCUUCUUCCAUGUCUUGCAAAGCCGUAUCAAGCUCGAAGCUUUUCAUGCUCUACUGCCAGCCACUCCCGGAUCGGUGGUGCAGCUAUAUCGAUCCCGCCGGAGGUGUCGCUGCGUUUCCUCGAUUUGCCCAAGUCUAAUGUCAGGAGUCGGAAGAAGGAUGUGCCGGUAUCUGCCGUGGAGGUAGCAGGGCCAUUAGGCCAGAUGACACUUCCACUACCGCCCUACCUCGCCGCAAAGCACAACACCAAGAGCCAGAAAGUCACCUUGAGCGUUGGAGAUCCGACUAUCACCCAUCAAAGGGCUAUGUGGGGCACCAUGCGAGCCCACUUGCAGAACUACAUUCUUGGAGUAUCAGAAGGACACUCGUGUGUUCUACGCCUAGUUGGUGUUGGCUACCGGGCCACUAUCGAAAACACCGCAAUCACCAAAAAACCGGAGUAUCCUGGACAACAAUUCGUUUCUCUCAAAUUGGGAUAUGCCCAUCCGAUCGAACUACCAAUACCGCUUGGUGUCAAGGCUAGUGUACCACAACCCACGAGGAUAUUGCUUGAAGGAUGUGAGAAGCAGGUGGUGGCUCAAUUCGCAGCAGAGAUCCGAGAAUGGAGGAAGCCAGAACCAUACAAGGGGAAAGGAAUUUUCGUGAAUAACGAGACGAUCAAACUGAAAGCGAAAAAGAUCAAAUAA